GAAAGAAGUGAUUGCUCAGAACCGAGGCGGGCAGCGGCGCGGCGCCUGAACCGGCCCCGGGCCUCGCUUUCCCCGGGACCGGGGACGGGUGUGUGUGUGUUGGGGUAGGGGGCGGUGGAGGGGUGGUCCACUGCAGUUUCAAAUUCUUGCUCUUCUAAGCAAGUUCCCCGAGGCAUCCGGAACCAGCCUGCCUCAUCCCCACGACUCAGGGGUCUAACUCCCAGCUGUCGGCGCUCUCGUGGCCAGCGCGCUCCCCUUCUCCCCGUUCCUGGGUGGGCACCGCACCGGAGAGGCAAGAGGUGGAGGGAGCCUGGGCGCCGCCCCGCGGGAGCCGAGCUCCGGAGCGGCGGGGACUGCGAUCCCGAAAAGUACCACGCGGGGGCGCCAGGACCUGCGCGGACGCGGGCGAGGCAGCGCAAGGUGGUUUCCGUCCAUGCGGUGGCGGCGCGGGCGCUGUCCAGCGUGCUGAAGCCUGAGCGAGCGAGUCUCCCGGAGCCGCGCGGACCCAGCUGAGCCAAGCGCACUGGACGCCAGACCUCGACCAUCGCUCGUAUCCUAGCCACCGCUCGGAGCCGAGGCGGACGCGUCCCGAUCUUCCCCUGUCCCCACCCCGCCCCGACCCUCCUCUCCACGUCCCGCGUCGUGGCACCAGCUGUCUCCGGCAGUCCUUCGGUCAUGAAAUCGCUCAGGUUGCCGGCUACUAUCCUCUUCUGCCUGCUCCUACUGAUCAAGGGGUUGGGAGCAGCGCCCCCCGGGCACCCUGAGGCUCAGCCACCUCCUCCCAGCUCUGAGCAUAAAGAGCCGGUAGCUGGGGACGCAGUGCUCGGGCCGAAGGAUGUUAGCGCCCCAGAGGUCCGAGCCGCUCGAAAUUCAGAGCCGCAGGACGAGGGAGAGCUUUUCCAGGGCGUGGAUCCCCGGGCGCUGGCCGCGGUGCUGCUGCAGGCACUCGACCGCCCGGCCUCGCCCCCGGCGCCCGGCGGCUCCCAGCAGCGGCCAGAGGAAGAAACAGCAGAAUCUCUGCUGACCGAGACCGUGCGCAGCCAGACCCACAGUCUCCCAGCGCCAGAAACCCAGGCGCCCGCGGCCCCUCCUCGCCCUCAGACUCAGGAGAAUGGUGCCGAGGCUGUCGACCCCUCGGAGGAGCUCGAAGCGCUAGCUUCCCUGCUUCAGGAACUGAGAGAUUUCAGUCCGAGCAGCGCCAAACGUCAACAAGAGACGGCAGCAGCAGAGACGGAAACCCGCACGCACACGCUGACCCGAGUCAACCUGGAAAGCCCCGGGCCAGAGCGCGUGUGGCGCGCUUCCUGGGGAGAGUUCCAGGCGCGCGUCCCAGAGCGCGCGCCCCUGCCGCCCCCUGCUCCCCCGCAAUUCCAGGCGCGUGUGCCAGAGAGCGGACCCCUUCCCGAUGUCCACCAGUUCGGGGAAGGAGGGUCCUCCCCCAAAACACACCUAGGUGAGGCACUGGCACCCUUGUCCAAGGCGUACCAAGGCCUGGCCGCUCCCUUUCCCAAGGCGCGCCGGCCGGAGACCUCCCUCCUGGGCGGCACUGAGGCGGGGGAGCGCCUUCUACAGCAAGGGCUGGCGCAGGUAGAAGCCGGGCGGCGGCAGGCGGAGGCCACCCGGCAGGCGGCGGCGCAGGAAGAGCGGCUGGCCGACCUCGCCUCCGACCUGCUGCUCCAGUAUUUGCUGCAGGGCGGGGCUCGGCAGCGCGGCCUGGGGGGUCGGGGGCUGCAAGAGGAGGAGGGGGGCGGGCAAGAGACUGCGAGGCAGCAGGAGGAGGCGGAGCAGGAGAGACGCGGCGGGGAGGAGAGGGUGGGGGAGGAGGAUGAGGAGGCGGCGGAGGCGGAGGCGGAGGCGGAGGAGGCGGAGAGGGCGAGACAGAACGCGCUCCUGUUCGCCGAGGAGGAGGACGGCGAAGCCGGAGCCGAAGACAAGCGCUCCCAGGAGGAGACGCCCGGCCACCGACGAAAGGAGGCCGAGGGGGCAGAGGAGGGCGGGGCGGAGGACGAGGACGACGACGAAGAGAUGGACCCGCAGACGAUCGAUAGCCUCAUUGAGCUGUCCACCAAACUCCACCUGCCCGCGGACGACGUGGUCAGCAUCAUCGAGGAGGUGGAAGAGAAGCGGAAGCGGAAGAAGAACGCCCCUCCCGAGCCUGUGCCGCCCCCCAGGGCCGCUCCGGCCCCUACUCACGCCCGCUCCCCGCAGCCCCCGCCCCCCGCCCCCGCCCCCGCCCGGGAAGAGCUGCCCGACUGGAACGAGGUGCUCCCGCCGUGGGAUCGGGAGGAGGACGAGGUGUUUUCCCCGGGGCCCUACCGCCCUUUCCCCAACUACAUCCGGCCGCGGACGCUGCAGCCGCCGGCCGCCUCGCGCCGCCGCCACUACCACCACGCCCUGCCGCCCUCGCGCCACUAUCCCGACCGGGAGGCCCAGGCGCGGCGCGCGCAGGAGGCGGCGGAGGCGGAGGAGCGCCGGCUGCAGGAGCAGGAGGAGCUGGAGAAUUACAUCGAGCACGUGCUGCUCCGGCGCCCGUGA